AUGAAGUGGAUCGGUACAUUCAAGAACUGCUUGGUCGGUGGAAGCCAGCAGCAAACCCACGAUGCUGAAGAACGGGGAUCCACAUGCGGAUCUAACUCUGUCAAAGCAGCUCCCACUGAGACUACAUUGAUAAAGAAGAUCUUCAAUCCCACCAUCGUCCAACAGAAAGACACAUGUGUCGAUAAUGCUCUAGGUGGAUCCCAAGAGAUGGAACAGAUCACUUCUCUCUGGAACAAGACGGAUCUUUGGAUGGCCUGGGCCUCCAUGCUACUAGUAGCCGUCGCGGUGGCCCUCGAAGUUCAGACAGUCUCGGUCUACUCUACAUUUGCAACUUCCGACUUUGACCAGAUGUCUCUGCUGUCUGCUCUCAGUGUGGUCAAAGCGGUCAUGUACAUUGCCACUCGGCCAGUGAUGGCCAAGUUUGCCGAUGUACUUGGUAGAUUCGAGUCGAUUCUCAUGUCUGUGGUUCUCUUCACCAUUGGCUUCAUUAUGUUGGCCGCUUCACCCAACAUUGGCACCUACUUUGCUGCCCACAUCUUCUACGUGUUUGGCCAGGUAGGUAUCCAGUUCAUGGAACAAGUUUUCGCUGCAGACACUUCCGAUCUAAAAAACCGAAUGUUUUUCGUCAUCCUGCCCAACAUCUGCUACCUCUUCGUGCCUUGGUGCUCGGCUCCCAUCACCAACGCUAUCAUUAAACACUCCACCUGGCACUGGGGCUACGGAAUGUGGUGCAUCAUUGUCCCUGUCGUAUCCAUCCCAGUCUUGACGAUUAUGUUCAGACAUAAGAUGAAAGCUCGCGCUCUUGGAAUGCAGUGCGGCAAGUCUGUCCGCAACAUGAAGGAGACUCUUCUUCAGUUCGAUUUAGUGGGCCUCAUUUUGUUCACAGGGGGUCUCUGCUUGCUCUUUUUGGCUGUCACUUUAGUCAAGUCCUCCAAGUCCUGGACCCAACCCCAUGUUCUUCCCAUGAUCAUAAUCGGACCCAUUCUUCUCCUCCUGUUCCCAAUCUGGGAAAAAACGUACCCCAAAUACCCUUUCCUUCCUUUCUCUGCCAUGAAAGAUCGAACUCUCAUCACUGGAUGUAUCUUUGUGGGCCUCUAUUCUCUUGCCUUCUACAUCUACUACCCUUACUAUUACCCCUGGCUCCUGGUAUGCAAGGGUCUCUCAGUCACUGCUGCUACCAACACCUCUGUGACUUUUACAGUGGCCUCCACAGCUGCUUCAAUCGGUGCUGCAGCUCUCAUUCGUUACACCAAACGAAUCAAACCUAUUAUUGUGGCUGGUGGCUUUGUGUACAUCUUGGGACUGGGUCUGACAUACCACUACCGACAGCCCGACCACUCUCUUGCUCAAUUCAUUGCUGCCCAGGCCGUGGAAGGAGUUGGAUCCGGCAUGCUGCAGUCUCCCACUCUGGUAUUGAUUCAGUCUGUGGUCAAUCACAACCAAGUGGUAUCUGCUACGGCCAUCUUCUACUCUUCGAUUUCAGUCGGAACGGUCAUUGGAGAUGCCAUUUCGGGGUCCAUGUAUCGACAGUCAUAUCCGAAGCAACUGACUGAGUACGCUCCUUUUCUCAGCGAAGCAGACAUUCAUAAGAUGGUCAAUGAUGUUCGAGCACCUCUCAAAUACGCGUGGGGUUCUCCUGAACGAGUGGCCGUGAUUGAAGCAUUCAACCAUGUCUACCGAAAGAUGCUCUACGGUCCUCUUGUGGUUGCGGGUGUGAUGAUUCUCAUUUCUUUCACGAUGCCCAAUGUUGAUCUUGAUGAGCUUGAGCAGCGGGUCAAGGGAGUUGUUUUCGGCAAGUCAGAUAAGCCUGCCGAUGGUGAAAAGAACCCCGUCAGUAACCAAUGUCCUUGUGACAUCUUGCCCACGGACAACUCUUCGCAAGAUGGCGACUUCGAGAAAUCUGAGUCGGUUGUGUCAAAGACCAUUCAUAACGAGCAAAAGAUCUAA